GGCACAGGAUGUUAGUCAAUGUUCUAGCGGAUUCCCCGAAGACCUCACUGAGAAGCCCCAGAGAAGAGCAGAAGAUUCGACAUUUCUUUGCUCCAGAGUACAAUGGCCGGGGUAAGGGCACAACAGCGCUGGACAUAUUUGCAUUUGGAAUCUGUGCCCUGGAGAUGGCUGUUUUGGAAGUACAGAGGAAUACAGACAACAGCGUGUCUCCGGAAUCCAUUGCCAAUGCCAGCCUAUCACUUGGGAACCCUUUGAUGAAGGAAUUUAUCCAGAAAUGUUUAGCUCGAGACCCAGCGCAGCGUCCGAGUGCUCACCAGCUGCUUUUCCAUCGCGUUCUCUUUGAGGUUCACUCCCUGAAACUGCUGGCUGCCCACUCCCUCAUCGAUAACCAGGGUCUGCUGCAGGAUAACUGUGUGGAGGAGCUGACCAAGAGGAUUCACCCCGAUACAGUGAUGGCUGAAAUUCAACAUGCCAACCGUCCAGGAGUACAGUGGACAUAUUCCCACGUCUCCCCAUUGGAACUGGACAAAUUCCUGGAGGAUGUGAAGAAUGGGAUCUACCCUUUGAUGAAUUUUUCCUCCAAUCGCCCACAUCAUUUGUUCUGGACACACGUCCAUCCCCCUGAGGUCCCGGACCUGGUGAAAUCUCCGAUCGUAGAGCAUUAUGAGCAGGAAACCAGGAAG